AUGGAAGGCCUGCCACCAGAGACGAUUCAUGUCAAGCGUAAACGUGGCACUGAUGAGGACCCUGUGGACUUUCUCCGGCUCGACAGGAGCAAGCGUUACCGCAGCUUGUCUGGCGAUAUCUCCUGGGUGUACCGGCGCAAACAGACUGAAACAGAACCUCCGGAUCCUGCAGCCCGGCCCGCUGUUCCCGAGGCGCCCACCAUUCCUUCCAUCCAGCCGACUCGAGAAGGCGACGAAAGACGACUUCUUGGUCAGACCCGCAAAGUAACUCAAGUCCAAGCUGCAAGCAAUGUUGUUGGCACCCAACUUCGGGCGUCAGCGCCUCCGGAACUGCCAGCACCGUCCGUUCUGACUCGCGCGACCCCGGACCAGCUGCGACGAUUCCAUCUGUCGAGAUCCAACUCGCCGCAGCCGGCCGCUGGCGUAGCCAAGAAACGAAGUGCCCCAGCCGUGUUUGUCGAGCGGAGCGCAAAGAAGCGAGGCGAGUCACUGAAGGCUGUCAUUGAAGAACACAACGCAGCCCUUGCGGGGUCAACUCAGGCACCGGAUGACUCUAGAGCUACCAAAUCCCCCACACCCGCAUCCCAGCAGUUUGGGAAUACAGCUAAGCAGCCCGGCUCUACUCAGAAUAAGAGGCCAGGAGUCAAGGCUCGCAUCAAACAGUCGACGGGUUCAAAGCCCUCCCUUCCUCCCUCUAUGCGUCGUGAAGGCGUCAAUAUGGAGGAACUGUCUCGGGUUAUGGACAGCUGGACGCUCAAUGAAAUCAACAAGAACAUCGACAAGAUGGAAGAAAUCGAGAAGAAAUCUAAAUCGAGCCCCGUUAUGUCACGGUUCCGGCCAAAGGCCCCCAAGCAGCGCUAUUUCGAACGUCAUCCAGAACACAGGGGCGAGCAAGGGCUGGAGAAGGGCGCAAGGCAAGCCGCAGCGGCUGCAGUAAUGGAUAUCGACUCCGAAUAUACGACAGACGACGAUGAUUACGUGAUCGAGACGUACGAACGAGUCCCCGCCGAACGACUGCGAGACGAGGUAGUGCCGGCUCACCGCGUCGGCUUGUUGGUCUUCGAUACGGAGCCCGAUAUGGUUGAGUUCUAUUAUGGCAAUGAAAACGAUAGUGAAGAAGAGUUCCUGGAGGACGAGGAGGAUGAAGAUGCCGAGAACCAUUACACGACCGAAUACCCCGACGAAGACCUCCCUUGGGAUGAUGAGUUUGACCGGGGCGCGUACCACUACCUGACCAGAAACGCCUCAGACUUGGAGGAGUUUGAUGAGAGAGACUUUGUUGAUGGCUUGGACGACACUGAUUUCAUCAACGACAUUUUGGAGAGGAGUGACAACGCGGAUGGAUUACCCGGGUGA